AUGGGUUGCGGCUGCAGCAAGCGUAGUACCCUCGAUGAUUAUGAUACAGAUUAUGCGUACACAUCCAUAGCACAGCCAUCUGCGUCUUCAUCUUUAUAUUUCACCGCUGGUAGCCCAUCGUCACUUCCUAAGACGGACAAAGGAUAUGGACAGAGACGAUCUAUGCAAGCUUUUGUCUCUCAGAAUUAUGAAGGAUUUGGACAGAGCCAAUCUGCAUCUUCAACCUCACUUCCCAAGGAGCCUCAUAGUCAUACGCCUGUCUCCCAGAAUCGUCAAGGACAUGGACAUACGCCAAAGGAAACUGAUGAUAGAUACAAGUCACCGGCUGUAGAGUCAGUUGCGUCUAGCUCAUCCUCGUUUCCUGAGGAGAGUAAAAUUAAUCAUGCAUCUGGCUUUGAGCUAAAGAAAUAUAGUUUUAAAGAACUAGCAGAGGCAACUGAACAUUUCUCCAACAACAAAUUCCUUGGCGAGGGUGCUUUUGGCCAAGUCUUUAAGGCAAACCUAGACGGAAAAGAAGUUGCUAUCAAGAAACUCAAAAUGGUACUGAUGGAUACCGAGGUUGACCAUAGUGAUGAGCAGCCGAAAAAUCUCGAGAAACUGUUGGAGGAGCUUGAUGUCCUAAGAAUUGUGAAUCACCCAAAUGUUGUUAAAAUGGUCGGCUACUGCAAUGAACAAAAGAAUAAAUUGCUCGUUUUAGAAUAUGUUGCCAAUAAGUCCUUGAGGUUUCAUUUAAAUGGAAAGAAGCCUUUGGUGUGGUCAAACAGGAUGAAAAUUGCUAUAGGCUCCGCUAAAGGAUUACAAUAUCUCCAUAAAGAAUGUGAUAUUAGAAUCAUACAUCGAGAUAUAAAGGCCGAUAAUAUUCUACUUACCAAUGAUUUUGAACCAAAAGUUGCAGAUUUUUCUCUUGCUAAAUUUUUGCCCAAUGCUACUAAUGUUAGUCAUAUCACCAGUAUAUUGAGGGGAACAAAUGUGUAA